UUUUCGACUCGAUCGAGUUGACUCUUGAUUAUUAAGUUCAAGGACACUAGAAUCCUGAAAUGUGGUGUUCAUUAUGAAAAAUUCUCUAAUAAGAUUGUAUUUACAUUUUUUACCUUUCUAAAUUAUUUUGUAUCACGUGAUCGUAUAUUGAAUUUUAAUUGGUUGUCGGUGAGCGUGCCCUGCGCGACGCAAGAGGCGCAAUAAUAGUUUUCCAAAAUGCCGUCUGAAUCUAAACCUUUGUUGGCAGCUCAAACAGAAAAACCUAAUCAUUAUAAAUAUCUAAAGGAAUUUCGAGUGGAGCAAUGCCCAUCAUUUCUACAACACAAAUGUACUCAACAUAGACCUUUCACAUGUUUUCAUUGGCAUUUUAAUAAUCAGAGAAGACGGAGACCAGUAAGAAAAAGAGAUGGAUCGUUCAAUUAUAGCGCAGAUAACUACUGUACCAAAUAUAAUGAAACGUCGGGUAUUUGUGAGGAUGGGGACGAGUGUCCGUACCUGCACCGCACUGCUGGCGACACGGAGCGGCGCUACCACCUGCGCUAUUACAAGACGUGCAUGUGCGUGCACGAUACAGAUGCCCGAGGGCAGUGCGCCAAGAACGGCGCACAUUGCGCGUUCGCGCACGGCGCACCCGACCUGCGGCCGCCCGUGCUCGACGCGAGAGAACUGCACGCGCUCGACCACCCUGACGCGCCCGACCACGACGCGCCCAACGCCCUCGACAAGGAGCGUAACCUCAUGAAUGAGGACCCCAAGUGGCAAGACACAAAUUAUGUAUUAUCAUCAUAUAAAACAGAACCAUGUAAAAGACCACCUAGGUUAUGUAGACAAGGGUAUGCCUGCCCACAAUAUCACAAUAGUAAAGAUAAACGUAGAUCACCAAGAAAAUAUAAAUAUCGUAGUACACCGUGUCCCAAUGUAAAACAUGGAGAAGAAUGGGGCGAACCUAGUAAUUGUGAAGCAGGAGAUGGAUGCGGCUAUUGUCAUACUCGUACUGAACAACAGUUCCACCCUGAGAUAUAUAAGUCAACCAAAUGUAAUGAUGUUCAGCAGGCCGGCUAUUGUCCUAGAGGAUUAUUUUGUGCUUUUGCACAUGUAGAACCUGAAGACUUAAGUGCCGCACGUGAGCUCGCCGCUCCGCUAGAGUGUGGCACCAAUUUAGCUGAAUUAUUAUCAUCCGCCUUACCGCCCGACAAGAAGGUGAACGACAACAGCGUAAGUAUGCUGGGCAACGCUCUGAACCUGGAGAGGGUGCGGCCGCUGUCGCCGGCGAGCAUGCUGCAGACCAACGGCAGCGGCGACGGCUCGGAGUGCGCCUCCACGUCCAGCGGGGGCUCCAGCGGCGGCCGCCAGGGCCCGCGCGCGGCGCUGCAGCCGCUGCCCGCGCUCGCGCACGACAAGCCGCCGCACUCCUCGGUGUGGACGCCGCGCGCCUCCACCUUCGACGCCACCGUGCUGCAGGAGGUCGUCGGGAACGCCCUCGACGACUUACACCUAGAGGACCCGCUGAAUCUCGUCGCCUCGCUGGACCGCGACCUGUCCGACGGCGAGGGUCUGCUCGGAGGGUCGGCGCCCGUCAACAUCCCGCAGGCGCGCACCGCCAUGCGGGGCUUCAGCCCGCCCGCCGGCGGCUCGCCGCUGACGCCCUUCCUCAGAUUCGCGCAGAACGACACCGAGCGCCUGUUCAACUCGCACGCGAUCAAGGCGGGCAGCUUCGGCGCGGCGGGCGCGACGCCGUUCGAGUUCGCGGCGACGUCGCCGUCCGCGCCGGCCGAGCUGUCGCGGCUGCGCGAGGAGCUGGUGGCCACGCGCGCCGCCGCCGUGCACUGGGACGAGCGCAUCGCGCAGGCGCGCUCGGCCUGCGAGGCGUGGCAGCGCGAGACCGACGAGGCGCAGCGCAAGGCCGCGCUCGCCGAGCGGCAGCGGGACGACGCGCUCGCGCACGCCAUGACGCUGCGGCGCGAGCUGGAGUCGGCCCGCGCCGGCGCCCUGGCCGGCGUCGGCGUCGCCGGGGCCGCCGGCCGCCGCGAGCUGCGCGGCCUGCCCAUCAACACGCUCAAGGACCUACUGGUGCAGGCGCGCACCGACCUCGAGGAGAUCGAGAAAGUUCUAUAUUUGGAAACGGCCACCAAGUGCAUGGUCUGCGAGGAGCAGCCGCGCAGCGUCACGCUCGGGCCGUGCAACCACUACGUGUUGUGCGAGGGCUGCUCCGCCACCACCAAGGAGUGCCCCUACUGUCAGACGCCGGUGCAGCAGCAGCAUCAUUAGUGGGUACGCUGCGGAAGGAAAGCGAGUGGGAGGGGCGUGUGAGUUGUUAGAUUGCGUGUCGUGCUUCGUGCUGUGUAAGUCCCGUGCGGUCGUGUGGAUGCGGGUGUGUGGUGUGGUAUGGUAUGGGCGAACGAGCGAGUAGGCACUUUCCGCUCGGAUCGCUCGUCCGCUCAUCAGGUAGUUGCUCUCUACUGAUGUCGUAGUUUGUCGAAUAAUCACGCUGGUGUUUCGGGCUAUUUAUUGAUCAAAACAAAUACUUUCCUUGAUAUUUUUAUAUAUGGGUAAAAUGGGGUCUAACGGGGUAUAUAACUCGAUAAUAACUAUAGGAUAUUUAAUUUUAGUGAAAAGAGCAAGACUUAUUCUGGUAAAUAUAUUGGAUGAAAUUAAAAAGCAUGAAUUAGGAAUUUUCGAAUUAACUGCCACUGUCGUUUACAUGAAUAAUAUAGGAUAGAUAUUCGCGUACCUAUUUGCUGAUUUCCUGCAUAGGUACUUACAAAUAAAUAAUGCUAACCAAAAACUUGUACUCACCUAAUCGUAGCGAACAGUUUUAUACUCGUAUGAGUAGUCAAAUUUAAUUGUAACAAAACUUAACAUUAUUACCUGAUAUUAAAUUUUUUAGACGCUAUCUCUGCUUUUCUAUAUGAAUUAGUAUUCCAUUUAAUAAACUUGUUGUAAUCGUAACACCAAAGGCUGCAUUGUAUAUUGUUACAACAGGCUUCAUAAUGUAACUAAAAUAUAUGUAUAUUGAAUAUUUUUCAUAAAUUAAACAUGUGUAUUUAGUGCAUGAAUAAGAAAUGUACUGUAGAAGUUUAUGACAAAGAGAAUGCUUUUAAUGUUAACUAAUUUGUUUAUUUAGGUUCACGUGUCAGUCGGCUCGCUGCUUCACUCGACGUAUGAUUACAAAUUAAUAUAGCAUUUUUGACGUCUAUGAAAUCUUAUCUUGAGCAUAACCUUUGUGGUCAUGCUUUCAGCAAUUAUCGUAAAGUUUAUAAGAUUUGUAUUGACUCGAUUCUAUUGAGAGUAAAAAUGGGUUUGAUUGUAUUAUGUGGAUGUUGAUGGAAGCAAGGCCACGGUAUAUCAUUAGUGAUAUAAUUGCAGUAGAUUUAGUUUUGUAUGAAUAUUAAACGUUUUAUAUGUUCACAUAACAAUUUAAUCAGAAGUUGUUACUUGUUAUGUUUUUACAUUUUUAAUGUGACAGUUUGUACUCUAGGGCAAUGUGAGAUUCAUCAGUUGUUGUAAUGCACAAGUUUUUAUUUCUCUUGUUUGCGUCAAGUUAGCCACCUAAGGACCAAUGUUAAUAUAUCGAAUAUUGUAAGUAAACAAGUUACAGGCGUUAAUUCUGCUAUUGUUCGCCCCAUUUUGGGAAUACUGACACGAUUUCGAUAUCUGUAUUUUUGGAAUUAUUUUCUGUAAUGAACUACAAUAUAAUGAAUAGAUAGACGGACGCUGCGUCACGUCGGACUGUUAUUAUUAUGAGAAUUGUAUGAAUUACAGUUCUAUUGAUGCAAACGAGGGUACUGGUUAAGUUGUUCUCUUAGUUCAUAGAGCAUUUUAUGUUUACAUUCCCAAUUAAUUAGUGAUCUUUCUUAUUUUUAUUUCACACGGUGUGGGUAAGAGUUAAUGCUAUUGCAUUUAGUUAUAAACAAUUAUGAAUAUACUGACCAUCUGACUAAAUCAUGGAAUAUUAAAUUAUAAAACCACAUUCUGACGGCUCGACCACGCAAUAAGAAGUCAAUCCCAUCACUAAUCAGUUACACGUAAGGAAUAUAUAUAGCAAUUUUACUUCGAACGUCUUUUUUUAUAGUUUACCAUUUGAUAAUAUUCCUUGAGUGUAAUUAGAGGUCCGGACGAUGGAGAAAUGUGGUCAACGGAAUUCAAUAAAAUUACAAGAAUGUUAGGCUUUCAAUCUAACAUUCGUAGGAUAAUUGGUGGUAUGCAUUUUAUAAUUACUUCCAACUUACAGUACUACUUGCUGGAGUAUGUAAAGGAGCUUUGACGUUUGCAUAAUUUCGCAUGUAAACUUUAUUUUCAAAAUUAACCGGUGUGAUCCCAAUAUUAGUAUUAACAAGCCUAUUAUCAGGAUUCAAUUAAAUAUGGAAGUAGCGAUCUCACCUUAUGUGACGAUAUAUUAUGUAUAUUGAUAUUUAUCGUAGCCACUGAUAAUUAUAAACGUUAAUACAUAAGCCAUGGCGUGGAAAAUAUUUAUUAUUUUAUUUUUUUAUGUCUUUCCGAGUACCGUCUUUUGGGUCAGCGUCACGGGAAUUGUCAGAUAAUUCUCAAUCGCCGCAUCAAACAUUGCGUAUGGUGAAUCCAUUUCUAGAUCUUAUACGAUCGCGUUUUAUAUAAAUUUAUUUCAAAUUUUAGUACUUUAAAAUAUAUAACAACAAUAUUUAUAUAUAUUUUGAAAAUCUUGAAAAGUUUUGUAUCGGUAUAUUAUUAUAAUAGUAAUAACAAAUUAAACUUAGUAAUAACUUAGAUAUAAGUAGUGUUUUCAAAUUGUAAUGGACAUUAAUUUAAGUGUGUAGCCGCGUCGAUGUAUAGUGAACAGAAGCAAUAUGACCACAGCCGCCUUUUAAUCAAUACUAUUAUACAAUACAGAUCGUUGUUUAAACGGGGUCCACUGGCCCAUUAAAUGUAUGGUGCCACUCCAUAUAACCUGGCCGUGUACUUGAGUUAUAAUCUGUGCAAGGACUGUGAUAAACGAAACGUGAACUGAAUCCUAUGUCAAAGUCAUAAAGUAUAUUUUAAUAAACUAUAAGAGAAGAAUGGCAAAUGCUAAACGCACUAAAAUUUGAGGCGUGGACUCCCGUUUCUGAAUAUUUAUGUCGACAUGGCACAUUUUGUACUGUUAGGAUGCAAGAAUGAAUGAUAUUGUGCUGUAAAGGCAAUAGUGGGAAUAAAUGCUGUUUAUAAUGUAAAUUGUAUACAUUAAAACAUGGCUAGAAAGAAGUUAUGCUAAUAUUACAUUUAAAUUAUAUCACUAUUUUCAUUGCAAGGAAAAACAUGCAUGCAAUCUGCAUUGAUGAAAAAAUAUAA